CAAUUUUUAAAAUACUUCCACAAUUUCAAGGAAUCUGAACAAUUGUUUUGCUAAUUUUUUCCGUUUUUAUACUGUGUGAUUUUUUUUAUUGAGCUAAAAAGUUUCCUUCGGGUUUUCAACGUGUGUGUGUGCGUGCGUGAAGAAUUUUUUGUAAAUAUUUUAAAGUGUUAAAUAAGUGAAGUACAUUUACAGGCAGAAGAUGCGGCGACAGUUGACAGUUGGCUCGGGCUUCACAAUGAGCACGCUCCGAGUGGUUCUGCUGCUGCUGCUCGGCGUUCGUUCGGUGCUGGGGCACGGCCGCCUGAUGGAUCCUCCGGCGCGUAAUGCCAUGUGGCGCUUUGGGUAUCCCAAUCCCGUGAACUACAACGACAACGAGCUCUUUUGCGGCGGAUAUGCGGUGCAGUGGGAGCAGAACAGCGGCCGCUGCGGCGUCUGUGGGGAUGCCUAUCACGUGAAGUCGCCGCGCCCACACGAAGCGGGCGGGGAGUUCGCCAAGGGCAUCAUCUCGAGGUACUACACCUCCGGCCAGGAGAUCGAGGUGGAAGUGGAGCUGACGGCCAACCAUUACGGCCGCUUCGAGAUGUUCCUCUGCCCCAACAACAAUCCGCGGCAGGAGGCCACCCAGGAGUGCUUCGACCGCUAUCCCCUGCUGAUCUCCGGCAGUCGGGAGCACCGCUACCUUAUACCGCGCGAUGCCAAAAAAAAGGACAUCUUCCGCUACCGUGUCAGGCUGCCGGCCUAUGUCACCUGCACCCAGUGCGUCCUCCAGUGGACAUACUACACGGCCAAUAUGUGGGGCACCUGUGCCAAUGGCACCGAGGCCGUCGGCUGCGGCAAGGCAGAGACAUUCAGGAAUUGUGCCGAUAUAGCCAUCAUUUCGAACACUGGCGGUGGUGUGCCGCCCAUUUUUGUUAAUAACAAAUCGCCAUAUCUGCUCUACUAUCGGGACUAUCGGGCGCCCGAGGACAACAAUGUCUUCCCUUUGAUUGUGCGAGAUCAAAAGUGCAUUGGGGCAUCGGCAUUCCGUACGCUGCCUGGAAUCGAUCACUGGUGCGAGAUCAACUGCCUGCGCUAUCCGCCCAAUUGUCCGGAGGAGGCCUGCCACUGUCCUCAGGAAUGCGUGGCGAUUGGGGAGCUGGCGGGACGCGAAGGAGCCGACACUUACUGCAUGGACGAAUGCCUCAAUUACGAGUCGGACUGUCCGCGCGACAGAUGCCGCUGCCAAUAGUCCGUGGUGUAUCCCCAAGCUGUGCUGCCUAUUGCCCCACCCCC